AUGUACAAUUUGUUGAACCUUCUUGUAUGUUCAUCACUGUCAUCGAUAUUGUCUUUUACUUUCCAUAACUCUCGCCUGGAAAACUACGUUAUCCGGACUGUGAGCGAUGUAGGCCCGAGUUCUUGUAAACUAGAAUGCUACGCCUCCUCGGAUUGUGCGUCCGUUAACUACAAAUGGAAGACUUAUUUCUGCGAGAUAAGUGCCGACGACAGGGCAUUGGGUACAGUGCGAACGUCUAAGUCUUAUCACUACUCAUCCCUUGCCGACAUUAAACAAGAAUUUGAGGACCCCUGUGAUGGCAUAAAAUGUGGACCACAGAGUAAAUGCGUCCAAACAUUUAGUGGAAUUCAUUGCAUUAUUUCAGAAUGUGGGGAACCCUAUACCGUGUUCAAUUCAAACACGACUUUCCAGUCCAGUAAGCGGGCCUUAGGUACAGUACUUACCUAUGAGUGUAACAAUGUAACGUGGCCAAGAGGUGAUCUUACCUCCACAUGUCAUCUUAACGGAAGUUGGUCCAAUGUCACGGGGCGAUGCCAAGACAAGGACGAAUGUCCUGAUACAUUCCAUCAUAAUAAAGAAGACAGACUCUGUAUAUACUUCUCCAAUGAAUUAAAGACUUGGGAUGAUGCUGAUAAUGUAUGCAAAACGUACUCACAACGACUUAUUAAUAUCAACACUCCCGCACAAGUCACUUUGUUAAAGAAUUACAUAAGAAGCUUGGGAGGUGUGGAAGACACUGAUGAUAUUUACAUUGGAGGGAGGCUGGAGAGUGGUGUCUAUAAAUGGGUGGCCACAGACGAGGUCAUUGACCCCUCUGUAUGGGACGAUGGGUAUCCGAAUUCUAUGAAAGUCUGCACACAGUUCCAUGACACUCAACACCUCAGAGACAAAGAGUGUACAAAGCUUUACAAGUUUGCCUGUGGGGCAUUUUAUUAAAUAUUGAUGAAAAAAAGUCGAUAUAUCUGAAUUUCGAAUAGAAAACCACAGCCAGCGUUUUCUUCUCAAAUAAAUUUUUAAAAAAUGAAUUUUGCAACAAAGGAAUAAAAAAAACAAUCGAUUAUUAAAGGAGUGUAUAAGUACCCUUUGGAAUUCUGAUGGUUUGUUGGAAGACUUUGUCUCCGAAGACGACGUGAAUGUUGUUAAUGAUGAGCUCCAGCAUCCUUAAAAUCAACUACUGAGUAUUUGAGUGUUGAAUUAGAUUAAUUUUAAGAAAACUCUUUUGAUGAUGGCCAAUUAAAAAAUCUGAAAAUUCCCGGGUUUCAUUUUUACUGAAGAAGCAAUUGUUUUUUUUAUCAAAAGGUCUAGUUUUCAAUCAAUCAUGA